CUGUCUCUCACCAAUCCGGUAGGCACGUCAGCCAGAUCCCUCUUCCGAGCCACCAAGCCAAUGGCGCCUCCCUCCUCAUGAGCCACCUCCUUGUUUCCUCUAUUGUGUUGGCGACGACGACGACUUCUGCUGGCAGAGGUGACACGGCACGGACGAAGUGUGCUUCUCUCCUUCCCCUUUGGAAACGGCCGACCUGGUGAGUCGUGCAAUUUCACCUUAUCCACGACCUACUAUGUGUCAUCUCAUAUAGUCGCGCCGUCGUGCUCCUGAAAAUUGAAAUUUGAGAGGUGAAGAUGGGUGCGGUGGUAUAUUGAUCCAUAGGACAGAUGGAUGUUCUAGAUGCCGCAUACCCUCUGCCAACAACGGCGGAUCCUGAUGCUGCUCUUGAAUCAGCGAUUGAAGUUCCUAUAACUGUUUGGCUGGGACCUGUUGGCCCCCUCCUCCGGAAACUUCAUUCGCUGAGGGAUCCGGAACAGAGUCUGGCGCCAGAUCUGCUCAGUGCUGAUGAGAUUCGCCUUCUCAAGGUAUUGUGCAUCUCCCUGAGGGAUAUGUCUGAAGACGAGGAUGCUAGCUUCAUGGUCCGGUGGUGGAUGAAGAUGGUUCGGGAACUUUGUUAUGACACGCAAGAUCACCUGGACGAGGUCCUCUUCGCCGGUGCUGAUUUCAACUUUUCUGUAUUGCUUGCUCGUGCGAAGGAUGCGUGUGAAAGACGCAAAUGUUUCCAGUGGACUUCUCCCAAUACUAUCAAGCCAGCUGACCGAGUGGAAGCCGGUGUCAGCUGCAAAACGUCCCAAAUGUCCUUCCACCUGGAUGCCGUAGAGCCCCCAAGCAAGCUUGUGGAGCUGCUGGCUUUAGACGACGAUGAGAAGACACUCAAGGUGAUACCUAUACAUGGAUGUGCAGGUGUUGGGAAGACAACAGUUGCGAGAGCCUUGUAUCACAGGCAUGCAGGGAAAUUUCAGUGCCGGGCUUUCGUAAGUGUGUCUCGGAAUCCAGAUAUGAGUGGGUUUCUCACCAGCAUGCUCUCACAGCUUAAGGCACCACCGCCCCAGCAUGGAUUUCCUGAUGUGCCGGACCUUAUGGAUGCUAUCAACAAACACCUCAAAGGAAAAAGGUAUUUCAUCGUAAUAGAUGAUUUAUGGAGUGCAUCAGUAUGGAAUAUUAUCAGCCGUUAUUUUCCACGCGGUGAUUAUUGCAGCAGAAUAAUAGCAACCACACAAAUUGAUGAUGUAGCAUUGGCAUGCUGUAGUUAUGACUCAGAAUAUAUAUAUGUGAUGGAACCUCUUAAUGAUCACGAGUCCAUAAAGUUAUUCUUCAGUAGAGUAUUUGGCUCUGAAAAUGGUUGUCCAACACAUAUGAAAGAAGUGUCAUACGAGAUUAUCAGGAAAUGUGGUGGUUUGCCAUUAGCAAUUAUAAAUAUAGCCAGUCUGCUAGCAAGCCAAUCCAAUAUCGUAAUGGAAAAAUGGAAGAACGUAGAAGAUUCUCUGCCCUCCACUUCGGAAGGGGUAAAUAAUGUUCUAAACCUUAUGUACAACUGUCUUUCACCUGAUUUGGCGACAUGUUUGCUAUAUCUCAGCAUGUAUGCACAAGGCUACGUGAUCAAGAAGGAUGAGUUGGUGAACCAGUGGGUAGCCGAAGGUUUCCUCAGUGCUAAGGAAGGACGAGACACAAAAGAGAUUGCUAAGGGUUAUUUUGAUGAGCUUGUCUGCAGAGGAGUGCUCCAAGCCGUGGACACGGAUUAUAACGGUGAGGUAUUGUCAUGUUCAGUUCAUCAGAUGGCUCUAGAUUUUAUUAGGUGCAAAUCCAGGGAGGAAAAUUUCGUCCUAACCGUGGACUAUAAUCAAUCAACUCUCACACUUCCUGACAAAGUCCGCCGAUUAUCCAUCCAGUUCGGAGGGGUACAAAGUGCAUACAUAACGGAAAGCAUCGUAACAUCCCAUGUUCGAUCACUUAUGUUUUGGGGUUUCUUCAAGUGUAUACCUCCCAUUAUGGAUUAUGGAUUUCUUCGAGUACUGGUUCUUUGUAUUUGGGCUAAUCAAGAGAAGAGUUUAGAUCUCACUGGAAUGGGGAAGCUACUUCUUCUAAAGUAUAUCAAGAUUGAAAGUAAUAUCACCAUCAAACUUCCAGAUAAGAUUCAAGGGCUGCAACGCUUGGAGACACUACAAGUCGAUGGAAGAGUAUCUGCUGUUCCAUCUGAUAUUCUUCGUCUGCAGAAAUUACUGUACCUCCGCCUUCCAAGCAAGUCUAUUCAGCCCCGUGUAGUUGGACAAAUGACAUCUCUUCGCACUCUGGGAUAUUUUGAUAUUGGCACACACUCAGAAGAGAAUGUAUUGCAUCUUGGACGGCUGACCAAUCUUCAGGAUCUUCAGCUCACAUGUUCUAGAGUAUGGCCAGCAGAAAAACUGGAGAAGAAUGUGCAACUCCUAGGCUUGAUUCUUGAGAAACUCAGUGUCUUGCGGUCAAUAACUCUGGUACCAGAUGCUUCAGGCUCCUCUUGUGUAAACAUUCCGGAGGAUGGCUUCAGCAUGGUGUCUCCUCUUUCGGACCUGCUUCUUCAGAGGAUCGAGUUGUCACGGCAUUGUUGCAUCUUGUUCAGCCUCCCUGAGUGGUUUGGAGGGCUUAGUAAACUCUACACUCUAAAGAUCGCAAUUAGGCGGCUGCCGAGGGAAGAUAUUGAUAUCCUGAAAGGACUCCCUGCCCUUACUGCUCUCAGCCUGCAUAUCCAGGAAGCUCCUGAAGAAAGGAGGAUCAUCAUCGACGAGGAAGGAUUCCAAGUAAUCAAGUACUUCAAGUUCAUGUGUGCUGCACCAUGCCUGACCUUUGCGCGGGAAGCAAUGCCCAGAGUCCAGAAACUCAAGCUAGGCUUCAGUUCAAUGAAAAUGGUGCCAAAUAGCUUUCAAAUGGUUGGCUUCCUUAACUUGAGAAGCCUUAAAGAGGUCUCUGUAAAAUUUUGGGUUCAGGAUGCUGAAAAAUUCGACAUAAAAGUUGCCGAGUAUUUAUUGGGAGCUGCCGUUAGAAACCAUCCAAACUCUCCUAUAAUCAGAGUGCAAUCUGUUUAUGAUGGCGAGGAGGAUAUGAUGAGUACCUCGACUGAAGAAAAAGAGGAAAAGCGUAGAGAGAUACAAGAAGGCAAGAAGAAGAUGAAGGAAACUUCAGACACAGAGGAAAAGCGACAUGAGAUUGAACAAGACAAGAAGAUAAUGGAACAAUCAGAGCAACAUGUGAGCAAGCAAGACGAGAGCAGAUAUGCACCAUCAGUCGACGUCGUGAUGGGCGCCAUGGGCUCCCUCUUACCCAAGUUGCUGGGGCUCCUCAAGGACGAGUACAAGCUGGAGGCAAAAAUCAAGGACAGCGUCAAGUCCCUCUACAAGUUGCUGGAGGGCAUGCAAGAUACCCUCAGGCGUGUGGCGAAGCUGGAGGACGAUCAGGGGCAUAGGGAAAUGCUCAGCGUCUGGGCCAGGGCUGUAAGGGACCUCUCUUAUGAUGCGGAGGAUGUCGUUGAUUCAUUACCAGUGUGCAUCGAUGGUUCUCACGGAUUCAUUACAAGGGUCAGUGAGUUGUUAAGUAGAAAGAAGGCCCGCCGUGAGUUUGCCGACGUGAUCAAUGGCAAGGUGAAACAGGCCCAUGAAUUGGCAGCACAAGUUGAGAGGUUCAUAGCCCUGUUUGACACCCGCAAUGCUGCUAAUCUAAAUGUAAAAGCUAGCAUUGGCCCUCGCCUGAUGGCUUUGUAUGAAGACCCGAAAGGGCUGGUUGGCAUCAAUGUUCCAAGGGAGGAGGUGAUAAACAAGCUGACACAUGGGACUGGUGAUGUGUUCAAGCAGCUGAAGAUAGUCUCCAUUCUUGGAAUUGGGGGAUUGGGGAAGACAACACUUGCUAAAGCGGUGUAUGACAAGAUUCAAAUGAAAUAUGAUUAUGCGGCUUUCAUUAUUUUAUCUUCGAGUCUGGACAUGAGGAAAGUAUACAUGAACAUCCUCCUUGAAGUUGACAAGCAGAAGUACAAGAAUCUCAAUUUGGCAAUAUUGGAAGAAAGGCAGCUUAUUGAUGAAGUCAGGGAACAACUUGCAGACAAGAGUUACCUAAUCAUUUUUGACGAUAUAUGGGAGAGGAAUGACUGGGAGGCAAUCAAAUUCGCUAUGAUAGAUAGUGGACGUGGAAGUAGAGUUGUCACAACUACUCGGGAUGAAGUACUAGCAAACAUGGCAAGUGAAGCGUUCAAGUUAGAAGCACUUCCGCAUUCACAAUCCAGAGAAUUAUUUAAUACAAGAUUAUUUGGUGGUAAAAACAAUAUACCUAGUGGUCUGCCAAAGGAAUAUGAAAUUCUUUUACACAGAUGUGGUGGUGUACCAUUAGCUCUCAUUACAAUGGCUGGUUUGUUGGCCGGCAAACCGAUGGACCUUUGGUAUAAGGUGUACAACAAUAUUGGUUUUGGGUCCGAGGAUGAAGAGAGCACAAUAAAGAUAGUGUUAUAUGUCUGCCGUAAUUUUCCCCAUCAUCUUAGGGCAUGUUUAUUGCAUCUAGCCAACUUUCCAGACAACUGUUUAAUCAAGAAAGAAACUUUGAUCUGGAAGUGGGCAGCCGAAGGUUUAAUUGUUGAGAAACCAGAGUCAGGAUUAUUUGAGCUUGGAGAAGGAUACUUCCAGGAACUCAUAAACAAAAAUGUGGUCAUGCCGGUAGAGGACGACUCACACCCUGGGAAGGUAAUGGGUUUCGAUUUGGUGCGGACUAUGAUCAUGUCCUUAUCAAUUAGUGAAGAGAGCCUUGUUACCUUAGAGCAUAUGGAUGGAAACAAUCAGGACUCCGACCGUGAAAGAAAGGCUCGCAGGUUGGCUGUCCAAAAUUGGACCACGGGGCAGGGUGACCCUCUGUUGUACACCCGCACAGAAAGGCUGAGGUCAUUUAAUGCCACCGGGUGUAUUUUUAGCAUGGAACUAUCACUUUCAAGGUUUAAGCUCUUGCGUGUGAUUGCUAUAGAGGAAUGCACUUUCUUGGAAGGCCGCUCUUGUGAUCUUAAGCAUCUGGGGAAGUUGCAUCAGUUGAGGUACCUCGGACUAUACAACACAAAUAUUGGCAAACUACCCGAAGACAUAGGGGAUCUCAUUUCUUUGCAGACACUGGACUUGAGGGGAACCAAUGUCCGAGAACUGCCCCUGGGAGUUACUCGGCUAAGACAACUCAAGUGCCUUCGAGCUGAUGAAGGCAUAGCAGUCGGGAUGGGGAAUCUCAAAUCCCUAGAGGAACUAUGGCUCGGUGAUGUAGGCAUGUCGGGAAACUUUGUUGAAGAGCUAGGCAAGCUGACGGAGCUAAGGGAGCUCCAUAUUUGGGUUGGAAGGUUGGAUGAGAACCAGAGGAAAGCUUUGGUGCAGUCUAUGAGAAAACUAGAGAAAAUCCAAGUCCUAAGACUUAUGGCUCACUGGUCAUUCGGUGGUCAGCUCAAUUGGGGAGACUUUGACCCACCUCGAGAACUCCAUGAGUUGCACCUAAGCAUCCUAUCCUCUCGGCUGCCGAAGUGGAUCAAUGUCUCCCAUGUUCCGAUUCUCUCACACUUGUAUGUGAAUGUGAUGGCUGUGGAGGAUCCGGAUCUGGAUAUCCUUGGGGCUUUGCCAGAACUCGUUAGUCUGGAACUGGUGAUCUGGUCGAAUGUCUUCCAUAGCAUCAAGGGCGACGGUGCAUUCCCCAAGCUGAAGCGCUUUCACAUGUCGUCAACGCUCAGGUUUCUACUGGGCGCUAUGCUGCGACUGGAAUUUCUUCACUUCAAAGUUGACGUCCCAGCCUUAAAGGAUGCCAACGUUAACUUUGAUGAUGACUUUGCUGCAUCAACGUUGAAGGACCUCCCUUCACUUCAGAAAGUGGAGGUGGAAAUCAGCUCUACUGGUGAUGUCGAGGCGAUACAUGAAGCACUGAAGCGUGCAGUGGACGAACAUCCAAACAGUCCCAGCCUUCAAGUCCUAAAAACUGAUCUGAUGGGCACUGCACACCGGAGACUAUUGUAACCAUGCCGCUGGCUGCAGGGCCAUCUCGUCAGUCUAUGAUCUUAGUUCUUGUUUGAAGAGGUAAAAACAACAAAAAAAUCUCAAAAAGGAAAAAAUAUUGUCUUCGUGUUGUUUAUUUAUAGUUUGGUGAACCUGGUUUGUUCAAUGUGUAAUAAGGCUAGUUUGGCGGUGCGCCAGGUUUUUUGUCCCUUAGGUUAUGUUCCCAGUGAACGUAACUAGAGGGUUUUCCUGGUGUGCAUCCAACUCAGCGGACCUAUUUCCAUUCCCUAUUGCGGUGUGGAAUACUUGUCUACAUUCUUGUAAAAUUAAAUUUUGUAUCCUCUAUUCUGUUCUUGCUUUCCUCGGUUGAGGAACCAUUCAGUUUCUAAGGUCCUCAGUUGUACAGCUUCAAA